AUGCGGCCCCUCACCCUCCUAACCACGGCUCUCGCAGGCCUCCUCGCCCCCUCGCUCGCGAGCGCCGCCUCUCUCCAACAGGUCACUUCCUUCGGGGCCAACCCGUCCGGCGCAAAGAUGUACAUCUACGUCCCGGACAAGCUCGCGGCGAGCCCACCCGUCAUCGUAGCGAUCCACUACUGCUCCGGCACGGCGAGCGCGUACUACUCCAACACGCCCUACAAAGGGUACGCCGACACCUACGGGUUGAUUGUCAUCUACCCGGAGUCGCCGUACUCUGGCACGUGCUGGGAUGUCAGCUCGACCGCGUCCCUGACGCAUAACGGCGGCGGAAACAGUAAUGCCAUUGCGAACAUGGUGACGUAUACGCUUGAUAAAUAUGCCGGUGACAAUAGCAAGGUAUUCGUGACGGGGACAUCUUCGGGGGCGAUGAUGACGAACGUCAUGGCAGCAACCUACCCAGAGCUCUUCGCCGCCGGCAUAGCCUACUCGGGCGUCCCCGCGGGCUGCUUCUACACCGGCACCGUCAACGGCUGGAACUCUACCUGCAGCCAGGGCCAGUCCAUCGCCUCGCAGCAGGCCUGGGCUCAGACGGCGCUCAACAUGUACCCCGGAUACAGCGGCAGCCGGCCCCGGAUGCAAAUCUACCACGGCAGCGCCGACACGACGCUGUACCCGCAGAACUGGAACGAGACGAUCAAGCAGUGGACGGGCGUGUUCGGGUACAGCCUCACGCCGCAGCAGACGCUGCCCGGCACGCCGAGCGGGCAGUAUACCAAGUACGUGUACGGACCGAACUUGGAGGGAAUUUACGGGACGGGGGUCGGGCAUAGUGUGCCUGUUAUGGGGGCAGAGGAUUUGAAGUGGUUUGGGAUUACGGGCGGCUCCACGCAGCCGGGAACGACGACGCAGACCUCGGCGGCACCACCGGCGACGUCGACGGCGAGCGCGCCGCCGACCGGAGGCUGCACGGUCGCGAGGUGGGGCCAGUGCGGCGGGAGCGGGUGGAGCGGCUGUACCGCCUGCGCGAGCCCGUAUACUUGCCAGGCCGCGAACCAGUGGUACUCUCAAUGUCUUUGA